AUGCCUUCAGUGGCUGUGACUGCUUGGAAAUUGUUUUGCCGCGUACGAAUUUGCGCAGCCAGCUACUGGUUUCCAUGUGCGGUCAUCUAUUUUGUUGGCCGUGUCUUGUCCAGUGGCUGGAUACGCGACCAAAUCGGCAGCUAUGUCCUGUAUGUAAGGCCGCUAUCAGCAAAGACAAGGUUCCGUAUAUCUGAAUUCAUUUCUGUUGAUUGUUCUAUAGUUAGUUUAUUAUUCGAUGUCUUACUUUCCCAGGUAAUUCCCCUAUAUGGGCGUGGAGGUGAUAAUACCGAUCCUCGCGAGAAAGUGCCUCCUCGUCCUCGUGGCCAACGGACUGAAGCGCCACAGGUAAGAGAUUUGCUUAUGAAAUAUUGUGAAAUGGGAACUCGACCUAUAGCCCUCAGCUUUAAAUCUGAUCUCCACAUUUUGAAGGUUAAAUUGAUGCACAGCAACAAGAUUGCUUUUACUUAA